UUUAAUGAGUGCUGAAGAAACAGCAGUGUAUGUAUUUGUCUGAUUAGAUAGUUCCUGUUUCAAGGGAAAGAAACAGGAUAGUUAUUGUAUGACAAGCGGUGAUUAUAAUGCACUCUGGUAAAAUUGAAUGAAGAGACAGAGCGCGUUGAUUGGUACUACAGUAUUUGAUCGUGCUAUUGAAGAGGAAGAGUAGAUAUAUGUAUUAAAUUUAUUUUUAAACGAUGACUGCUGAAGCACCAAUGUAAGAUCAGUAUAUUUCGAUUGAGAAUAUAAAUUAAUUGUAAAGGAAAUUAUCUGAACUUCAGUCGUGUAUAGAGCAGUGCAUUUUAGACACAUUUUACAAUGCCACUUUCUAUAAGUAAAAGGGCUGUGCUAAUCGUACUCUGUAUUAUUGGAGUUUACUGCUCAAAGUCAAAACGAGUUCUAGAACGGAUUAAACAUCUUGAAUCUAGAUUCAAUACAGAAUCAAAGUUUAGAGAUGAGGAUUAUGCCGAAGUUAUUGACAGACUAGAUGAGAUAGAUAAAAAAUUAAACGGGUCGCUUGAGAAAAGAGUAGGCUUUGUUAACUCCGAUCAUGGAUCGGGUGAUGUCAACAUUGAAACAAUAAACCAUUUACGCAAGGAUUUUACGAAAAUUUGGACAGAAUUUCGCGAUGAGAAAUAUGAAACAGCAAGAAUCCGCAGGGAAAUUCCGAAAAUUAAGCAUGAUUUGGAAUAUUAUUGUACGAUGAAUUUAAACAAAACUGGUGAGCUCAUAUCACGGGUUGAAGAAUCAGAUGACGUGCGCAAAAUCUACAUGGAAAUGACAGUUAAUGAGAUUUAUGGUGUGAAGUUUGCUUUAGAAAAUACAAUCAGUAAUACCUCGAUACUUGUUGGACAGGAAUUCAAAGGCACAGUAGAAGAAAUUGAGGAACGUAUUCAAAGAACUGUUAAAAAAGAAUUGAAAAUAAUGGAAGAUAACACAAGGCUGGAGAUUGCUGACACCAAAGCAAACGUUGAAAGAUUUGAAAUUCUAGUGAGUCAACUAUCUGCUCGUGUUGAACAAUUGUUUGGAUACAAUUCUUGCUCAGAGGCCAAAAGUGCCGCAAUAUUACGAUCAGGUGUCUAUAAACAACGACAGGGGCUCGAGGUUUAUUGUGACCAAACCACAGAUGGUGGGGGUUGGCUUGUGUUCCAGAGACGGCACAAUGGGGAGGUUGAUUUCUAUCGUGACUGGAUUGCGUAUAAAAACGGGUUUGGCGAUCUCAAUAGUGAAUUUUGGCUAGGUAAUGAACAUUUGAGUAUUCUUACAUCAAGUGGAGAUCAUGAACUGAGAAUAGAUAUGGAGGAUUUUUACGGAAAUAAGGCAUUUGCUAAAUACAGUAAGUUCAAGGUAUAUCCGGAAGAAGACAAGUACAAACUUGAGGUGAGUGGAUACAGUGGAAAUGCUGGAGAUUCUCUUAAGUAUCAUAAUGGAAUGGCGUUCACAACGUUCGACAAUGACAAUGAUAAAUGGUCGAACGUAAACUGUGCCGAAGAUCGUCAUGGUGCCUGGUGGUACAAAAGCUGUGCUUACUCUAAUCUCAAUGGCCAGCAUUUCAAUGAUGCUGGUAAACCAGACACGAAAGGAAUCUUCUGGUACUACUUUAAACAAUCCAUGUACUGUUUGAAAAGUGUGGAAAUGAAAUUUCGUUAAACAAAUGAAAGAUGUAAAAUUCAAACAUUAUUGUUCAUUUUAACAACCGUGAUGUUGAAAUUAGAAAGACGUGUAUAUUUCACAUUAAAGACAAAUGUAUAUAUUAAAGUUUUGCUCUUAAUGGCGACGAUGACUGAUUAAAUCUUAAAAAUCAAUAAUAUGACGAACUCUUAGACUUCUGUAUCUGUUUAUAUUAGGAAACAUUGUACCAUGAAUGUAAGUAAGUGUUUUCUGUGCAACUCGACUGUAAAAUGUAUUCAAUCUGUUUUGUAUAGAUAAAAACGUGUGUACAAAUUUAUGUUUGUUGAGAUAAAAGCUUGUGUACAAAUAUUUGUUUAAAACUGAAUCAUGUAGUAUGCACUGAAACUCUAGCUAUGGUCAGAAGGAAAUUCAAGUUAUAUUAUAAACGGAGAAAAGAAAGCGUGUGCAGUUAGAAAUAAAACAUCAUAGGAAUGAUGACCAGUAAGUAGAAAAUCAAAUAACAAUAAUACAUUGUGAAAAAGAACAUGUUGAGAAAGAAUAUAGGAUUCUUUACUGGAUGUAGGUGCAGAUGAGAAUAUCUGGCUUGAGGGUAUCUGUUUUUGGCGAUAGCAAAGUUCUGCAGAGCUACCGCGUAAACAGCCGGAUAUUCCAAUCUGUACCUACAACCAAUGAAAGUAUCUUGUUCUUGCAUGCCAUGUUCAUCAAAUAACAGGAAAAAUAAAAUCAAACAAACAACUUUCUUAAAGCAUAUUUUCUCUUACAGUAGCGUGUUUACAAAGCGCGGGAAUUUUACGUCACCUUUUAACGUUACCAGAAUGAAAACAACAUGAAAAGUUGUGUUCAUUGCAGAAAAUGACGUUUAUUUUUUUUAAUCGUAAAAUAUUUUAUAACGAACAAAGAUAACAACAAUAUCAUAUUAAUACUGUACGAAAUUACUACAUAUAAUUUUGUAGUUCGUUAUCCGUCAUUUUCAGACGAGAGUCAUCAUGUUCUUACACCCCUUGGUUGUAAGAUGAUGUUUUCUAGCAAAAAAAUAACUACAAACCUCAGUCUGGUAUGCAAGAAACAAUUCAAGUAACAUAUUACAAUGCCGAUUAAAAAUAUAUCAAGUAAAAGUAUAAAUUGAUUGCCAUCUAAUUAUAGUAAUAUUUGUCACAUGAUUUAGCUACAACGAAAAUAGUCAGGUAACGGCUUAUUUGUAUAUAGUAUGGUUGAUUGUUUCGAUGAAUUAAUUAUAUACUGUUGCAUGAAUAAAUUUCAUAGAUAAAA